AUGAAAGGAGGUCUUCCGGCCACGGGCGUGCAUCCGGCCCGAUUCGUCACGUCCGGUAAACUGUACGCUGCACUGGGCAGGCGUGGUGGCAGAGUGGUCGCCAGCGACCUGCAGAGCGGCUCGGCGUCGUUCCGCGUGCGCGCCUUGAUGCCCGUCGCCGAAAGCUUCAAGUUCGCGAUGGAGCUGCGGACUCAUACGUCAGGCCUCGCUGCGCCACAGAUGAUGUUCAGUCAUUGGGAGGUAAUCGACAUCGAUCCGUUCUGGAAACCGAGAACAGAAGAGGAAUAUUUGCACUGGGGUGAGAAGUGGGACGGAGUGAACAGAGCAAAGGCCUACAUGGACGCCGUGAGGACGAGGAAGGGUCUAGCAACAGACAAGCAACUGGUGCAACAUGCUGAGAAACAGAGGACAUUGUCUAAAAAGAAAUAG